AUGUUCAAUACUGUUUCCAACAAAAAGAUUGUUGUCCUCGAGUUCGCCUUCAAGAAAGACACGAGAGAGACUCCAGCCAUUGACGUCUGCAAAGGUUUGUUAGGAGACAAGGCCCGAAUCAGCAUCUAUGAUCCACAAGUCACGGAAGAACAAAUCCAAAGAGACUUAACCAUGAACACAUUCGACUGGGACCAUCCACUUCACCUCCAACCCAUGAGUCCAACCACUGUGAAACAAGUCUCAGUUGCUUGGGACGCUUACGCUGCCACCAAAGACGCCCACGGAAUCUGCUUGUUAACCGAGUGGGACGAGUAUAAGACGCUUGACUAUGAGCGGAUUUUUGAAAACAUGCAGAAACCAGCGUUUGUCUUCGAUGGCAGAAAUGUUUUUGAUGCAGAGAAGCUGAGGAAGAUAGGGUUUAUUGUUUACUCUAUUGGUAAGCCGUUGGACCAGUGGCACAUGCCUGCUCUUGCUUAG